CCGCCCCCAGCCUGUAGUCGCGCGGGGGAACCCGGAAGGUGUCCUGCAGGGGACACGUCAGAGUGCAGCACCUACUAGCACCGGACUUGGGACAAAUUUUCAAUUUGAGUGUUCUUUAAAUGAAACAUCGGUAAAGGCUUAUAUAAAGAAGAGAGACUCCAAUCAACGAUAUCAAUUAUAAUUUGGAAAAGAAUCAUGUUGUCCUUAAACAACCUGCAAAACAUCAUCUAUAACCCGACAAUCCCCUAUGUUGGCACCAUUUCCGAGCAGUUGAAGCCUGGCUCUUUGAUUGUAAUCCGUGGACAUAUUCCUAACGAUGUGGACAGGUUCCAGGUGGACCUACAGCACGGCAACAGCCUGAAGCCCAGGGCUGACGUGGCCUUCCACUUUAACCCUCGCUUCAAAAGGUCCAACUGCAUCGUUUGUAACACGAUGACUAAUGAGAAAUGGGGCUGGGAGGAGAUCACCUAUGACAUGCCCUUCAAAAAAGAGAAGUCCUUUGAGAUCGUGAUCAUGGUGCUCAAGAACAAAUUCCAGGUGGCUGUGAAUGGAAAGCACACUCUGCUGUAUGCCCACAGGAUUGGCCCAGAGAAGAUAGACACACUAGGCGUCUAUGGCAAAGUGAACAUUCACUCCAUUGGGUUCAGCUUCAGCUCGGGUUUACAGAGUAUGGAAACAUCUACCCUGGGACUGACGCAGAUAAGUAGAGAAAAUGUACAUACAUCUGGCAAGGCACAGUUGAGUCUGCCCUUUGAAGCAAGGUUGAACGCCUCCAUGGGCCCUGGACGGACGGUUGUCAUUAAGGGAGAAGUGAACACAGUUGCUAAAGGUUUUAAUGUUGACUUAAUAGCAGGAAAAUCAAGGGAUAUUGCUCUACACUUGAACCCACGCCUGAACAUGAAAGCUUUUGUAAGAAAUUCCUUUCUUCAGGAUGCCUGGGGAGAAGAGGAGAGAAAUAUUACCAGCUUCCCAUUUAGUCUUGGAAUGUACUUUGAGAUGAUAAUUUACUGUGAUGUCCGAGAAUUCAAAGUUGCGGUAAAUGGUGUGCACAGCCUGGAGUACAAACACAGAUUUAAAGAGCUAAGCAGUAUUGACACACUAGCAGUUGAUGGUGAUAUCCGUUUGCUGGAUGUAAGGAGCUGGUAGCUACCAUGACUGCCAAAAAUACUGAAAUACAAAAUGGCUUAUGUGAUACUGGCCAUGUCAAAUGCAUCUCGCUUUCACCACAUUGCUUAUGUUGUUAAAUUGAGCUCAUACAACAUCAAGUUCUACCUGGUGUGCUCAGGCCUGGCCAUUCAGUGUGGCUACCUCUACGUUCAGAGUCUGAACAAAUCUGGGGCAAUCCCAGCUUACCGCCAGUGAGGCUCUGCACACAGGGCCCCUUCCUGUAAAACCACACAACCAAUAUUUAAGUGCCUACUCUAAUGUACUAGUUAAUAGGGAUGGAAGGCAUAUUUCCUGUGUAUAUUCUCUGAGCUGGGCAUAGACAUGGCAGUGCCCAGAACCCGUGUGGUCCCUGUUUCCUGGCACUCACGUGCCCAUGAUCUCCCACUGUAGGGCCUUCCUGCUGACACUGCAUUAACCCCAUUAGGGGGCAUUUGUCAUUAAGGUCAGAAAAAUAUACUAACGGAUGGGAAACACUGCUUCCCCAGUGAUCCUUUUCAUAAUCAACAUCUUAUCGUAUCUCAUAAUAAGACUGUGUAACACUUCUUCAGCUCUUAUUGCUUUAAGCUUUAUAAAAUAAUAAAUAUGAUGCUGAACAUGGCAGAAAGACUGAGGCAACAAAACCAGAAUUAGAACAAGUAUUCUGCUCCAAGCAGAUUUCUGCUUACUGGCACUCAAGUCUGUGUGUGUGUGCCUGAGGCAAACUGUGGUAGAGAAUGGAUAAACGCAGUUUGUAAAACCUUGGGUAACCAACAUCAAGAUGAGACUUAGUGAAUGUAUAGAACAGGCACUAUAUCAAAGCAAAACCUACACAGGAGGGUAAUUGAAAAGGGUGAGUUGGUGUGAACCAGCCCUUGUCCCUUUGGGUCUGAAGACGUGUCUGUCUACAGCAGCAGUGAGGUGAGCCGCUGCUCUGAGUCAGCUUGCAUCAGCAAGGUCAGCUGCAGCACUCCGGUAACUUCUUGUUUGAUUGGAGCUAGAGAAGCUCUGGGAAAGUCUUUCCAGUCCCGACCUUGUUACAGAUUUCAAAGGUUUGGUGUGGGGAGGGGAAGGGCUAAAAGUUGAUCAGAUCGUUUUAUUAUGAAACCACAGGAUAGAAUUCUACCAGGGCUUAGGAAUACUCACAGCCAAUUCACCCAGAUACAUGUAUUCAUACAUGGGAAAUAAUACCAUCACCAUUUCUUACUUUUUGGGAAGUACCAAUGCAGCAAAUGAAGGACUUCAUUCUUUUUAUGUAAAUUUAUUAUGCUGACUCUUGAAAAACUCAAGCUAUGGAGGUGGUGGGUGGAACUGAGCACUCUGUAGGGAGGCCAGGAGGCUCCAGAAUCCCUCAGUGAUGCCUCUUCAUAAAGAAUGCAUGACGGAGCUGUUGGAGGCUGAAAGGCACUCAGUGGAACAAAAGCCCAUUCAUCUGAAAGCUUAUUUUCAUUUCUAUUUUACACAAAGUGGUCAAGACUGAUUUUGAAUAGAAUCAGUCUUAAUUCUUAGAUUCUGGUCUUAAAAAAAAAAAAAAAAAGCUGCUGGAAUUUAAGUUGUGAGAUGUUUCAUUGUAUAUUUCCACGUUUUAUCUCUAAAAUGCAAAGAGGCCUUUUUGUUUAUCAUAGUUCUGCAUUAAAAUUUUGUAUUAAAUAGAAUGAAUACUCUGUGGAAUAGUUCUUCCAUGCUGUAGAAACUGAAGGCAAACUGGUUUAAUUCGAUUUGAACUCUCAUUUGCAGCCUCGCUGAGACAGUACUAGAUAGAGAACUAUAAAACGGUACUGGCUGGUACUGCUCUCCUCCUCCCUGGGAGCUGUCGGUCAGGUGUGUUCCCAAACAGCAUGUCUCGCCUCCUCACAAACAGGAAAGAUGAACAAUGGAGACAAGCACAGCCCUGAGUCAAAGUGCAUCAAAGACUGCUCCAACUGUCAGUCUCCCCAAAGAAAAGCAAAACCCCAAAUGGCUGUCACCAGAAACUUUCUUGUUGAAAGUUGCCGCAUGUGCCAUUUUCUUGACCCAGAGCUCUACUGUGGGUGGUAGUACUCACAAUAUGUAAAGCACACACAAGGUGCUGCAAGGAACAGCAAGACCUCGUGUUUCAGAGAAGCACUAGGCCUCAGGUACUGAAAUUAAACACGCUGGUCUCAUCCAGAACACCAGCCAGGACAAAGACAAACACCAGACGUUUGUAUAAAACACCGUCCCAUUUACUCCUUAGCAACUCUGUACAAAGGGUAGGAGAGGCCACUGUGGGAGCCCAGACAGGUAGGGUUUUGUAAACAUUAAAUAUUGGCAGAUGUGAAAGUACCAAAAGUAAUAUGGCACCACACCCCCAUAUAAAAGCAUGAGAAUAACUCUGAACUCUUAACAGAGCACAGGCAGUGGGUACGCUUUCCGCUUUAGAAGUAGCUCUGCAGCGGCUCCCCCAACACGGCCUCCAGUUGUUGGAUGGUCUUCUGGCACUGAUGCUCCACUUCUUCACAUUCAUCUAACAACAAAAACCAGGAUUAGAAGCGGGCCUGCCAGCAGUCCUGCCUAAUUGCCACUGUUCCAUCGGGGCACAGGAAGCUCCCAGCAGGCUGUGACCUGAGGUGCCCCCCCACUGGCCCCCAUUCCCCACAGGCAUAUUCUUGUUCUUGGCUGCUGAAGAGGCCCAAGAAACAAGAAAGGGGCACACAUUCAAAUCCAAGCUCCAGAGGGACCUCUGUUCCAGGAAUCUCUCCCUGGUUAGACACCGGACAUCAAAGGGUGUGGUUCUGGUCAGACGCACAGCCAGUGGAUAUAAAAGUACUUCUCCUUCCUCACCAUCCCCAAUUAAUAUGAAGGGCAUUGGGUGGUAUGAUGUAGAGGCAUGCCAAUGAAGAGGUGUAUUUUUAAACCAGACCCCACCCUGCCACUUAGUGCUAUUAUCAAUGUCUUUCAGCCUUCUGAGUUUCUAGUUUCUUAGAUUCUUUUAAAAGAGGGACAGUGCGACCCAAUGUAACAGUAUGUCAACACUUAACACUGAGUACCAAAAGUAUAGCUCAUCAUUCCAGUGGACAACUGAUUAUGUCCUUAAUGGCACAGACAAUGGCUCCUGUGAAUAUCUGAAGUUAUUUCAUAAACAAUACUGUGGCCAUAUGAGCAGUACAAACACAGGGUAGAUACCACUAAUACACUGCAGGCUGCUCUCAGUGGCAGUGAGGUGACAGCUUCCUGACUUGUGCCCCAGGCACAGUAGAGAAGACAAAACUAACAAGCCUGUGGCCAUGGGAUUUACAUCACUGUUUACUAGCUUCAGACUUACCUUCCAUCAAUUCUGCUAGAAAAGGAAUGGACUCUGGAAGCAGAACAAUGUAAUUCUCUCUCAGCUUUUCAGCCACUGCUAAGACAGUAAUCAAGGCUGCGAACCGCACCUGGAAGGAACAGGCAUCAAGAAUGAGGAUGUCUCAUCUGUCCCUUGCUGCUGUUGGAGACGGCGCUCUUUAUACUGUGUGUAUUUACAUCCUCUCUGUGAUCACUUACUAUAGACCAUAGAGCCAAUGGGAGCUACUUAGAAUAAGUGGUUUUCCAACUGUGUUUUAGCACUGCAGCACUUUAAAAUGUGAAAAAAAAAUUAUUGUAUUUUCCUUUACAACCACAACAAAAAAGCAAGAGCUGAUAAGAUGGCUCAGUGGGUAAAAGGACUGCCACCAAGGCUGGUGGCUUGCGUUCCUUCCUCAGGGCCACGUACAGGGAAGGAGAGAACUGACUCUUGCAAACUUAAGGGAGUCACAAAAUGUAACUAAACUGGAGGUUGUUUGUUGGGUUGCCAGAGAUGGUACUAACCUGGUGAUGGAGUGCCUUGGCCAUCUCUGACAGCCCCUGUAUGGCCAAGACACCCACAUGGCUAGUCUCAUUUCAGCACUGAAUAAAAGUUUGGGUGUUUCUCUCCGCAUACCUUGCCUUUUAUGAGCAAUGCUAGUAGCUAUAAGGUAUUGACAGCAAGCCACUGAAACAAAACAGUCCCCUUUCUAAUGUGGAAUAAUUUUUGUAAUUAAUUAUAUUAUAUUUAAUCAAGAGCUCCUUAAUAUGCAAUCCAAAUAAACAAAAUAAAUUUGUUUCUGCAACUAUGUAAGAACCUAUAAUAGAUAGCUUUACUGUUUUCAACUCCUAAUAAAUGUAGUCAAUUUGAGUAAAUCCUA